UGCAGAACGCGCAACAAGCGGACCAGCGGAUGGAGAGAGAAGAAGAGAGACGGACGGAUGCAAGGCGAGGCCAGGAACGGGAAACUGUAUCUCUCCUGACGGUCCAGCUGUUGUCUUUUCCUUCCCCUCGUUAACCCUAGUAUUAUUUUAUAACGCGAUUCUUGCUUUUCCCCCCCUAUUUUUUUUUUAAAGCCUGACAUUUCUCCAUAUCCGUCCUGAUGUGCCGCUGCACCCCAUCACGAUUCUUCAAGGAUAUGCAAAGCGGCUGUUAUCACGUCGACGUUAUUUUCCAUUAAAUGCAAGGAUGUACCUAAUGAACGGCAUCGGAGGCGUACGAUCAACAAUGACAAACGACAGCUGAGCUCGGCGAGCGGCUCAGAGCGGUCGAGGUUUGUGCGUUAAUUUGCGCCUAAUUAUUGUUUUCGUGUGUGCCCGUUUAUUUCCCUCCCUUCAUCCAUCGGGGCUAUAAGGCCUAUAGCCCGCAUCAUUUCUGGGCAUGAAACCCGUGGGAAUUAUGAUACCAACGUGACGCACAGUCACACAGCACAGCGGGAAGACAUCGAGCCUCUACAGGACGGAGGGAGGGUGUGAGGUCCAGCAGAGCAAAACCCUGCCUCUCGCACUGAUCACAGGCGGAGGACGCCCAGUUGUUGCUGGACAAAUCACGCUAAUGACUGUCGUAUAGCCCAGCAGGUCUCGCCCUCCACUAAUUCCCCAUUGAAUAUUUAAUUUUUUUUUAAUGCAUCGGGCGCAGCGGAGCGGGAGAAAGGGAGGAGAGUACAGUGGGUGAGGGCGCGGAGAGACGGGAUGCGGGAGACGCAGUGAGCGAGGAGGAGGAGGAGGACGAGGGAAACCGGAGGAUUGACGGCUCUCCUAGCACUGUGGUGGUGUGACGUCCUAACUCUUCCUGCCCAGCAUGGCUGUGUCACUGUGGUUCGUGGGCGUGCUCACUCUGGCUCAAGUUGCGCCCUCUGGCCAAGCCAUGUCCCGGGCCGCUAUGCCAUUUGGCCUGCUACGCAGGGAGCUGGCAUGUGAGGGUUACCCCAUAGAGCUGCGCUGCCCAGGGAGUGAUGUGGUCAUGGUGGAGACUGCCAAUUACGGACGCACCGAUGACAAGAUCUGUGAUGCGGACCCCUUCCAGAUGGAGAACACACAGUGUUACCUCCCCGACGCACUAAAGAUCAUGUCGCAGAGGUGUAACAACAGGACUCAGUGUGUGGUGGUUGCAGGGGUUGACGUCUUCCCAGACCCCUGUCCUGGAACAUACAAGUACUUGGAGAUCCAGUAUGAGUGUGUCCCUUACAAAGUGGACCAAAAAGUUUUCGUGUGUCCUGGCUCACUGCUCAGCAUCCAGCCAGCCUCCUCGCUCCUGGAGGUGGAGCAUCAAUCAGGGGCCUGGUGUAAAGACCCCCUGCAAGCUGGUGACAGGCUGUAUGUCAUGCCGUGGACACCCUAUAGAACAGAGGUGCUGUAUGAGUACGCCUCUUGGGAUGACUAUCGGCAAAACAGAGUCACCACAACCUAUAAGUUGCCCAGCCGUGUGGAUGGUACAGGCUUUGUGGUGUAUGACGGUGCCGUAUUUUACAACAAGGAGCGAACGCGCAACCUUGUGAAAUAUGACCUACGCACCCGCAUCAAGAGCGGGGAGGCAGUGGUGGUCAAUGCUAACUACCACGAUACCUCGCCUUACCGCUGGGGAGGGAAGUCGGACAUCGAUCUGGCAGUGGAUGAGAACGGCCUUUGGGUUAUUUACUCUACUGAAGCCAAUAAUGGACGCAUCGUGGUCAGCCAGGUGAACCCCUACACUCUCCGCUUUGAGGGUACCUGGGCAACUGGCUUUGACAAACGUGGAGCUAGCAACGCCUUCAUGGCCUGCGGUGUGCUCUACGCCGUGCGCUCUGUUUUCCAGGAUGAUGAGGGGCAGGCAGAUGGCCGAGCCAGCAGCAACAUGGUGGUUUAUGCCUACGAUACCAGUCGUGGGCAGGAGCUUCCUGUUCAGAUACCAUUCCCAAACCCCUACCAGUACAUCUCCUCCAUAGAUUACAACCCCAGAGACAACCAGCUGUAUGUGUGGAAUAACUACUAUGUACUGAGAUACCCUCUACAGUUCACACCACCACCACCUACUAAAGGGCCCUUGUCCUCUCUGAUGACCACUGUCCGGUCAUACACAGCCACAGUGGCUCUGACUCCAGUGCGGCCGUCAGCCUCCCAUCCAAUUGGUGUCAUCAACAGAGGGCCUUUUGACCAGCGGCCGAUCACAGCCAUGGUCCCUCUGACCCCACGCCCUCCUCUGCGUGUCCCCUUGGCCCCUGGGGGACUGGGUCAGGUGGGAGGAUGUGAGAGUCGGGUGGCACGAGGGGUGCAGUGGCCCCCUACCCUAAAGGGGGAGACCGUGGAAAGGCCCUGCCCUAAGGGGUCUUUGGGUAUAGCCUCCUAUCAAUGCAUGUCGUCUCCAGUGAGCUGGAACUCCAGAGGCCCUGACCUUUCCAACUGCACCUCUCCCUGGGUCAGCCAAAUUGCACAGAAGAUUAAGAGUGGAGAGAAUGCAGCCAACAUCGCCGGGGAGUUGGUCAACCUGACCCGGGGGCGGAUCUAUGCCGGUGAUGUCAGCAUGUCCGUCAAGCUGAUUGAACAGCUGCUCGAGAUACUGGAUGCUCAGCUCCAGGCCUUGAGACCAGCCAAUAAAGAGUCAGCAGCACGCAAUUACAACAAGCUGCAGAAGAGAGAACGCACAUGCAAAGCUUAUGUUCAGGCCGUUGUUCAGACAGUUGACAACUUGCUCGGUCCUGAAGCUCUUGUGUCGUGGGCUGAUAUGAGCAAUGCUGACCAGUCACGCUCUGCGUCACUGCUAUUGGACGCAGUAGAAAAAGGAGCGUUUCUCUUGGCUAAUAACCUUUAUGAAGCACGUUUCAGUGACAGGGCACCAAAUGUUGAUCUGGAGGUGUACGUGUUAAAUACAGAGGCGGACAUACAGGACCUGAAGUUCCCUAACACCUACGACAGCGACAGCAUCCUACAGAUAUCAGCACUGGCCCUGCAACAGUACAGCAACAACGGCCAGGUGAAAUUAGUCCUUUCCCUCUACAAGAACCUGGGCUCCUUCCUGACAACUCAGAACUCGACGCUGCGGCUUGGACUGGGGCUGGGCCAGAGCUCAGAGGUCAGGCAUAAGAGCCUGGUGGUGAACUCUCAUGUCAUCUCUGCAUCUGUGCACAGAGGAUCCAGCAGAGUGUAUCUCACCGAGCCAGUGAUCUUCACUCUUAGGCACCUGCAGCUGGAGAACCACUUUGGUCCCAAUUGCUCUUUUUGGAACGCAUCAGGGGUUUCUGGGAAUGGCAGGUGGUCUACACAGGGCUGCCGCCUGUUACACACAAACAACACACACACUACUUGCGCCUGCAACCAUCUGUCCAGCUAUGCUGUCCUCAUGACAUACCAGCAACCUGCUUUCGGAGCUGGUGUGGAAGAGCUUUUUGUCUAUGUGGUUUCCUGGGUUGGCAUCUCCGUAGCAUUGGUGUGCUUGGCGACCUGCCUUACCACACUAUGCUGCCAGGGGGCGCCCUGGCAUACAGACCACAGCACCAUUCACUGUAACCUGUGGGCUAACCUGCUCAUCACUGAAGUUCUUUUCCUUGUUGGUGCCAACAAGACUCAGUACACUGUUCUCUGCUCCAUCACCGCCGGCCUGCUGCACUUUUCGCUGCUCUCUGUGUUUUGUUGGUUGUGUCUGGAAGGAGUGGAACUGUACCUGCUCCAGCGGGAGGUGUUCGAGGGGCGGAACUCCAGGAGGAAGUAUUUCUACCUGUGUGGAUACUCUGUUCCUGGGCUGGUGGUGGCCGUGUCCGCAGCCAUCGACUUUAGAGGCUACGGCUCGAAAACUGCAUGCUGGCUACGCACAGACAAUUACUUUAUCUGGAGUUUCCUCGGACCUGUUGCUGUCAUCAUUACGUUAAACCUCAUUGUGUUGGUGAUGACCUUACAUAAGAUGCACAGCACCGCUGCUUUGAAGCCAGACUCCAGUCGCCAUGACAACCUGAGGGCAUGGGCAGUUGGCUCCCUGACACUGCUCUUCCUGCAGAGUGUCACUUGGUCUUCAGGCCUCAUGUUCCUAUCUGCUCCAUCUCUCCUCCUGGCUUACCUCUUCUCGUCCCUCAACACUGCCCAGGCUCUUCUUAUCAGCAUACUGCACUGCAGCCUCGCCAGGAAGGGUCAGAAGGAUUAUGGCCGUUGCCUGCGUCUUUCGCAGUGCUGCGCAACUUCCUCGUCCAGCUCUCCAGACUCGGUUAAGGGUGCCGCUCUUAGAUCCAACAGCCGCUACACCAGCAGCCAGAGUCGCAGGGCCACGGCUAACAGACAGAGUCGUAUCAGAAGGAUGUGGAAUGACACCGUUCGCAGGCAGACUGAGUCGUCUUUCAUUGCAGCGGAUGUUAAUAAUACACCUACUCUUAACCGAGCUGCUUUGGGGAACCAUUUUCUUACUAACCAAGUGCUGCAGACUCAUGCUGGAGCCUCUCCAUAUGACACAGUGCUGGCCCAGGGAUAUAAUCAACCCUUUACCUCCACAGUAGGAACCUUCAGAAACAAGCAGAAGGGUGGCGUUUCACAAAGCCAGGAGUCUUGUGGGUUGGACAGUGUGUGUCUCAAUGGAGGCUACACCCCCAACACCUUCACCCUGCACGGUUUAGGGACGACUCCUGGGUCCCGAGCUGGAGUAGUGGGCAGCACUGACCUUCUGAGGGACGGAGGAGUUGGAAUGGGAGGGGACGACAUCUCCCCAGGGCUCCUGACACCGCAUGGGGGAGCAGAUCUGAGCGGUGGUGCUGGGAUGCGUCGUAAUCUGUCCGAUGCAGCAGCACUAGAGAAGAUGAUUAUUUCAGAGCUGGUACAGAGCAACCUGAGGCCUUCAGUUCCCAUGCCUGUUCCUCCUGAGCGCUACGGCAGCUUGGCGAGGCCGCACCACCACGACAGGCCGUCUCUCACUCACACUGCCACUUUAACGCGACACGCACAGCCGCCACAAGAGGGAUGGGCUACCUCCUUGCAGCCAAGCACACGGCAUAACGCACAAGAGGGCUGGUCACAAACAAGGCACCUCACACAAGACACUGAGACACAUUCCACGACACGUGGACAAGAUCUUACCACAACGCCUCGCUUACAAGACGGCUGGUCACACGCGCGCAUUUCUGGGGAUUCUGAGUCCCGUGAGCUGCUUAAAGAUGGGGACCGCUCACAGCUGCAAGGUACUCUGGGACGCCGUGGGCUUCAGGAAAGACAGCAAGCGCGUCCCCCCGAUGUUCAAGCACGACCUUAUUCCACUCUCAGCCGCACGCCUGGUACUCUGUCCCGCCACCGCAGCACAGCAGAGUCAAGUGGAGGGACGGACAGAGACAGGGAGAAAUUUGAGAGCAAAGAUGGAGGUCCAGAUGGGAGGAAAAGAGGGAAAGACAGAGGGUCUCUUCGGUAUGGCGAGCGAGAAGAUUCUGACAGCUUCUCUCUGCCCUUGACCCCAGAUCUCGACCUUGAUGCUGACUCUUCACCUAUCUACGCCCGAGAUUCAAACCCCUCCCCUCUCUACCCCGGAGACCGCCGCUCACCGCCGCUUAGUAUCUUCCCCCGAAGCUCUCCGCCGACAAAUAUAUUCGCUCCGCGAGAAAGUAACUCCCCUCCCAACAACCUCUAUUCCCGCCAUUCCCCGCAGGUGUACAGCCGGAGCAGCUCCCCUCCUCGCUUCUACACCCGCAACUCCCCCCCGACCCUCUCGUACCCAGACAGCAGCCCCGAAGGUCCAGAAGAAGUCAGCCCCACAGGUCAGCCUCAGCGGCCAUCUCUGGAGCUGCCGUACAGCCUCGGGCGACCCCCGCUGGGCCCUCGGCCUAAUCACCUCCAGACCUUCUACCAGCCACCACCGAUGGCAUCCAAUGGAGAGGCAGGGUACACGCCAGAGCCCUCCUCUGAAGGAGAUGAUGGACAGAUGCAGCGGGUGACGAGCCUGUGACUAGGGCGGUGGUGAUUGGGGUAUAGAAAUCAGGGAGGAGGAGGAAGAUGGUGAUAAUAACAACACGUAUUGACGAUCAAACUGAUGGAAACGAUUAUGAUUAUGUUAAUGAAAAGGUUAAUGAUGAUGGAUGAUUAACAGUGAUGCCUAUGAAAGCGAUGGCUCCUCCCUGCUUCUAUCUCCCGAUCACCACGAGACUUCCCCCCUUUCCAUGUUUUGUUACUUUUGUAUGACUGUGAUCCAUUGAUAACUCUUCCUCCUAUUCCCCUCUCUCUCUCCUCUCUUUCCCUAAACCCUGCUGUGUCUUCCCAUCUCAUCGGUGCUUAUCCUUAUUGGCCUGUCGUCUAAGUUUCUAUUGCUUCAUCGGCUGGGUGUUGCCCCUCCCUGUAGCAAGCAAGCAGUGUGUCAAAGAAGCACUUGUGUGUUGCCAAAAAAUCUUUUCAAAGAACAUGUGCAUGACUUUAUAGUGGCUUUACAAGGCUACAUACUGUAGGAGGAAGUGCUGAAGUGUGCGUGACGUACGAGUGUGCGCGUAGCUUGAUGAGCACGGGUGUGCGCAAGGGAGUGUUUGCGUGUAUGUGUGUCUGAGAGAGGAAGCGAGAGAAAGGGUGUGUGUAUAUACAUCAUUCUUGUAUAAUUAAUGUAUCACAGUGAAGCAUUUUAUCUAUACCAACUGGAGGGCCUCUUAAACACAUCCCCUCCUAUUGAUUUUGAACUCUUGACCAAUCCUAUUUCACAUCAAGACCAAAACCUCUGCGCCCCGACCUGCCACUGACUGUAGGUGAUGGAACUUUUGACUGCAGAGCCAGAGAUCAUGUAAAACCUCAGAACUUUUCUGCAACUCCCCCCGAGAUCCUUGUACAUAUCGCCUCAAGUGUUCUGAUUGUCUUGUAUUGCUAUUGAAGUUCAAGUAAACGUGAAAAAAAAAG